AUGAGCGUCCUCGUCCCAAUAGACCAGCGCGCAUCACGUUUCGGCCUAGCGACGCCCGGCCCGCAACACAACCACGCCCACCAACCAAACCAGCACCUGAGCUCCAGCCGGCCCUUAGCGCGGAAGCCCACCGCCUCACUCCACGCCCACGAACGGCUCGUGGUGCAGCGUGACGUGCCACUGCCAUCCCCAACCCACGGCCAGCGCGCACGCCGGCGAGCGCCCCUCGCUCCGCUUACUUCGCGAACCCCUUUCCGCUCGGCUCGAUUCGGAGGGCCGGGGAGGAAGGGAGGGAACGCCGCCGGUCUCCACAUUUAUCAGCGGCGCGCGAGGCAGCCGCCGCCGUUACGGACGGUACAGGUGAAGAAUCUUAAGACUGGCAUCUUCUGUUUGAGCAGCUGUUUGGCUCAUAUUAUCAGAACUCCGCUAUAUCAAUCAAUGAGGACCAACUUGAAGUUUAGGUACAAAGCAACGGAGAAAGGAAGGAAGGUGGUGAUGAUUAUCCUGUAUGGGAAGGAGGUCCCAUGGCCCAUGGGAGCUGGUUUGGUUCCAAGGCCAUGUGCAACGGGAGGGCUCAAGUGGGGAACAGGGUUUGCACGGGAUAACAUGGGAGCCAUGUCUCUCCAUGUUGCCUAGUGUGUAUUUGUACAUAGCUUUCACUGUUGGCUGGACUCCUCUGGCACCAGCAACUCAUCGUAAUCCCAGCACUUCAGCUUUGCAUCUCCUACCCUUUUCCUAACUCUAUUAGCAACCAGAAGAAAUGGAAGCUUUACUAUUUCUUCUUUUUUUCCAUUUUACUUCUGCAGAUCCUGUUCCGAUUGGCGGUCAUUCUCUCUUUUUUAUAAGUGAAACUUUAUUGACUCUUAAUGUCACAUUAAUAUGAUACAACUAACAAGAGUACACUUUCGGUCUCUACAUA